UUGUCUGCCACCGUUAUUACUGUUAAGCCUUCUACAGCUGGUUUCAUCCUAAUGCAGCCUGUAAUGAUUGGCCGCCUUUUACGAUAUUUCAGUUUUGGUUCUAAAUUAACCUUAGCUGAUGCAUACGUUGCUGCUGCUAGUAUUGCCGUUAUAGGAGUGGUGACACCAUUUAUACAUCAUCCAUACUUUUACUAUAUGCAAGAAUUGGGUAUGGAACUGAAAGUGGCCUCAUGUGGGAUGAUCAUGAAGAAGGUUUUUGCUAGUUUUUUUAGUCUUUUUCAAAACGAAAAUAAUCUUGUGUCAUUUUUUCAGCUUUUCCUUUUUAUAAACUAUUUAUGGGUUGGUCCGCUAAUGCUCAUUGCCUACUUCUGUGUACUGUGGGAUAAAAUUGGCAUCUCCUGUACUGCUGGUUUCGUAACACUUGUGCUUUUCGUCCCGGCCCAGUCAUAUUUCAGUCGACAGAUGGGGAGGUUCAGUGAUAAACGUGUUAGCGUUAUGAAUGAGAUUUUAAGCGGUAUUCGAGUGGUCAAGAUGUAUGCAUGGGAGGACGCAUUUGCCACUAUAAUUGCGGACCUUCGAAAUCGUAAGUAUUAUUUUAUUUCCAAAAACAAACGGUUUUUUUUACUGAAUGGCUUUUAUUUUUUUAUAUCAUUUUUUCAGCAGCAUAAAACACUUCUCAAGAACCCUUUUCAGGUUGCCUUGUUCAGUUCCUUCCAACUUCCUUUAACGCUUUUUUUUCCAUUUUCCCUACAACACAUUUUUGAAUCUAAGGUUUCAUUAGAUAGGAUACAGUCAUUUUUGGAGUUGGAAGAGUAUGGCAGUCAGCAAGAGUUAUGUUGGAAUCCUGCUGGAGAGAGCUUAGAGAAAGCUGACGAUGGUGUGCAGUCCUCUCUGUUGAUGUCACUGUUGCGCGAAACGAGACUGGUUAAUGGCAAGUUAGAUAUCAGCGGUAGGAUUGCAUAUGUUCCCCAAGAACCUUGGAUAUUUCCUGGCACAGUGAGAGAAAACAUUUUGUUUGGUAGUGCGUAUGAUAAGAAGAAAUAUCAUGAGGUCAUUCGCGUUUGCUCGCUCAGCAAAGAUUUCUCUCAGUUACCUUUUGGUGAUGCCUCUACAGUUGGAGAUCAAGGUCACUCAUUGAGUGGUGGCCAGAAAGCUCGUAUUAGUCUGGCCCGUGCAGUGUACAGCGAUGCAGAUAUUUACAUCUUAGACGAUCCGCUUUCUGCAGUUGAUGCAGCAGUUGGUCGAUAUCUGUGUAUUAGCGGUUUUCUUAAACAGAAAUUAAUAAUUCUCGUCACGCAUCAAAUACAAUUCUUAGGCAGUGCGAAGCUCAUACUCUUAAUGCAAGACUCUCAUAUUGUCGCAUCUGGAACUAUGAAGGAACUAGAAGGCUUGAGUAGUUUUCUAGAAAUAAUAAAAGUAUUGGUUGAGGAGUAUUUGACCUUUAAUUUCUUUAGAUUUUUGAAGGCUGAGGAAGAAAAGGCAAAGAAUAGUAUGGAGGAAGAUCGGGCCACUGGCGAUGUAUCAUGGCGAAUCUAUUUCCUUUACUUGAAAGCAAUGGGAUCUCGUAGUGUUCUGCUGUUUUGCGUUGGGCUUUUGAAAGUGAAGCUGAAAUCAGUGUUGGUGUCCGUAUUUGAAGAGGCUAGAGCAUCUUGGAUUUUUGCAUACAAAUUUAUCUAUAAUUCCAGGUGUAUUUUGUUUCGUUUGGCGCAGAUAAAUGGGUCUCGUGUCCUUCACAACCAGAUGUUCAAUACAGUAGUGAAAACUCCAGUGUUAUUUUUUGACUACAAUCCUAUUGGCAUAAUACUUAACAGGUUUUCGAAAGAUGUUGGAACUAUGGACGAUCAGUUGUCUUUUGUAUUCUUUGACAUGGUUGCGGGCGCUUUGCAAAUUGGUGGAAUAGUAGUAGUUGUGUUGCUUUUAAAUCCCCUCAUUUUCCUGCCAUUCUUCCCACUUUCAUUUCUUUUCUGGUUUUUGAGACAGUUCUACCUUUCGUCAUCAAGAGAUAUCAAACGUCUAGAAGCGACAAGUAAAUUUAUUUUUUUUUUAGAUUUUUCAGUCGAUAAUGUCUUCUUGAUACGCAGUCUGUGUUUUGUGCAGGAUUUCAACUCAGCGGCUUUUUAUCUAAGUAUAGUUACUGCUCGAUGGUUUGGAUCAGUAAUUGAUUAUUUAGUGGCAGUGUUUAUUGCCAUAGUUGCUUUUUUCUCUGUCUUUUCUUCAGGACUGCUUAAUGGCGGCGAAGUUGGUUUAAUGUUAGUUUAUGUAGUACAGUUGACAGGAUUUUUUUCGUGGAUUAUGAGACAGAGCGCAGAACUUCAAAAUGCGAUGGUUUCUGUUGAGAGGAUUAUCAAGUAUGUCGAGCUUCCUGUAGAAGAUGUUAGAAAGGGUAGUAAACCACCUGAAGAUUGGCCUCAGUGGGGCAAUAUUUCCUUCAGAAAUGUUGCGAUGCGUUACAAUCCAUUUGGUCCUUGUUUCCAGGUCGGGAUUGUAGGGCGUACAGGAGCAGGGAAAAGUUCUUUGUUAAACGUUUUGUUUCGGCUGACAGAGUCAGAGGGUGGUGUUGUUAUUGAUAACCUAAAUACUAAGGAAACACAGCUCUGCGAGUUAAGGAAGAGAUUAUCUAUUAUUCCACAGGAUCCUGUCUUGUUUAUUGGUUCUUUACGACAGAAUCUUGACCCAUUUGAUGAUUACACCGAAGACAAAUUAUGGAGGGCUUUGGAACAGGCACAGUUUUGUAGAAUUGGAGAGGGUGGCGCAAAUUUUUCAGUCGGCCAGAGGCAGUUGAUUUGCUUAGCUAGGGCAAUCUUAAAAAAUGCUCGAAUUCUUGUCAUUGACGAAGCCACGGCGAACGUUGAUCUAGAGACUGACAGCUUGAUUCAGAAAGCUAUUAAAAUGAAUUUUGCUGAAUCGACAGUGCUGACUAUUGCUCAUCGUCUACAUACAAUUAUGCAAUCUGACAAAAUAAUGGUAUCAUUUAUUACGAACGGAACACUGGUCGAGUUUGACGUUCCAUAUGUGUUACUCAGGAACGAGCAAGGUGCAUUCAGCGCGUUAGUUGCUGAAACAGGAGAAGAAACAUCACGCAUGCUUAAGGAGCUUGCGUUCCGAUCUUACAAUGAGAGACAUUAA